GCGGCUGCAGCGCGCAUUCGGGCUCCGAGGAAGUUGACCGAGGCGGCUGCCGCAGGAUCCCGGGUCCGGAUUGAACGAAGCCCGCGCGGCCGUCUCCUCCGCGCGCCACCCCUGCGCCUCCUGCGAGCUCCACUUCCCAUCUGCUAUUGUUUCCGAUUGUUUUCCGGUGGCGAGCCCGGCUCCGAAACUUACAAAGUGUCGGAUUUCCCCUGUUCGUACUGAGGGACUGCGGACCGCCUCCGGGUAGCUGGAUGAAGCCCACCCCGUCCCCUUCCGGUACCAAAGUGCUUACUCCUCUCCAAAGUGCCAUGUCUGAACUGCCACUGGGAAGAAGCGGCUCCUGAGACGCGCCCACACCUUUCACCUGCCUCGCGCUGCCCCUCCUCGGCCACCUUCCCGGCCGAAGCAGCAAGGAGGGAGCCCCCUUUGGCCGUCCGCCGUGGAACUGGUUUUCCGAGGCUGGCUUUGGGGGAGGAAUAUUAGACUUGGAGGAGUCUGCGCGCUUUUCUCCUCCCCGCGCCUCCCGGUCGCCGCUAGUUCGCCGCUCAGUCCCCGCGCUCGCUCCGCACCCCACCCACUUCCUGUGCUCGCCCGGGGGGCGUGUGCCGUGCGGCUGCCGGAGUUCGGGGAAGUUGUGGCUGUCGAGGAUGGGGGUCUGUGGGUACCUGUUCCUGCCCUGGAAGUGCCUCGUGGUCGUGUCUCUCAGGCUGCUGUUCCUUGUACCCACAGGAGUGCCCGUGCGCAGCGGAGAUGCCACCUUCCCCAAAGCGAUGGACAACGUGACGGUCCGGCAGGGGGAGAGCGCCACCCUCAGGUGCACUAUUGACAACCGGGUCACCCGGGUGGCCUGGCUGAACCGCAGCACCAUCCUCUAUGCUGGGAAUGACAAGUGGUGCCUGGAUCCACGCGUGGUCCUCCUGAGCAACACCCAAACGCAGUACAGCAUUGAGAUCCAGAACGUGGAUGUGUAUGACGAGGGCCCGUACACCUGCUCGGUGCAGACAGACAACCACCCAAAGACCUCUAGGGUCCACCUCAUUGUGCAAGUAUCUCCCAAAAUUGUAGAGAUUUCUUCAGAUAUCUCCAUUAAUGAAGGAAACAAUAUCAGCCUCACCUGCAUAGCAACGGGUAGACCAGAGCCUACAGUGACUUGGAGACACAUCUCCCCCAAAGCGGUUGGCUUUGUGAGUGAAGACGAAUACUUGGAAAUUCAGGGCAUCACCCGGGAGCAGUCAGGGGACUACGAGUGCAGUGCCUCCAACGACGUGGCCGCGCCCGUGGUACGGAGAGUAAAGGUCACGGUGAACUAUCCACCAUACAUUUCAGAAGCCAAGGGUACGGGUGUCCCCGUGGGACAAAAGGGGACACUGCAGUGUGAAGCCUCAGCAGUCCCGUCAGCAGAAUUCCAGUGGUACAAGGAUGACAAGAGACUGAUUGAAGGAAAGAAAGGAGUGAAAGUGGAAAACAGACCUUUCCUCUCAAAACUCAUCUUCUUCAAUGUCUCUGAACAUGACUAUGGGAACUACACUUGCGUGGCCUCCAACAAGCUGGGUCACACCAAUGCCAGCAUCAUGCUAUUUGAACUAAAUGAGCCUACGAGCUCAACUUUGUUGCAAGAAGUGAAAACUACAGCCCUGACCCCUUGGAAAGGUCCGGGCGCUGUCAGCGAGGUGAGUAACGGCACGUCGAGGAGGGCAGGCUGCAUCUGGCUGCUGCCUCUUCUGGUCUUGCACCUGCUCCUCAAAUUUUGAUGUGAGUGCCACUUCCCCACCCGGGAAAGGCUGCCGCCGCCACCACCACCACCACCAACACAACAGCAAUGGCAACACCGACAGCAACCAAUCAGAUACAUACAAAUGAAAUUAGAAGAAACACAGCCUCAUGGGACAGAAAUUUGAGGGAGGGGAACAAAGAAUACUUUGGGGGAAAAAGUUUCCAGAAAGAAAUUGAAACUUGCCUUGCAGAUAUUUAGGUACAACGGAGGUUUCUUUCUUUUCCCAAACGGGAAGAACGCAGCACACCCGGCUUGGACCCACUGCAAGCUGCAUCGUGUGACCUCUCUGGUGCCAGUGUGGGCAAGGGCUCAGCCGCUCUGCCCACAGAGUGCCCCGACGCGGAACAUUCUGGAGCUGGCCAUCCCAAAUUCAAUCCGUCCAUAGAGACGAACAGAGUGAGACCUUCCGGCCCAAGCAUGGCACUGUGGGCACUUGGGUAGACUGUGCCACCACGGUGUGUGUUGUGAAAUGUGAAAUAAAAAGAGAAAGAAAAAAAAAGGAAACAAAGUAAGACCGUCCGACAGCAACAACAAUCCCACAGUCACAAAAGAUACCGUUACACUUUUUUUUUUUUUUUUUAAUCAUUUUACUACAUGGACAUCAUGGAUAACAAGGGAUUCUGAUUCAUUAUUAAUUUUAUUAAUUAUAUUUUCUGAUAUGAGUCUAGAACUUAGUGCAAAAACAAGACGAAACUAAAAAAAUACAACUGAAAAGGGUGAAGAGAAGUAUGUUUGUUAAACAGUAAAAAUGAAUAGUAUACUUCUUAACUAGGUUUACAACUGGUGGACCACAGACCAGGCACUAAUCGCCUGGUGAGGAUUUGGCAUAUCCACCAAAAAACACAUCCGAUUUAACCAACAUCUCCACCAGCGCUACAGAUUCCUCCCGAUUGUGGCAUCUCAUGCAGACAAUACUAUGCUCUCUACACACUGUUUAGAAAUGGAAAGGUGAUCUGCACUGUAUCUUGGGUUUGUUGGCUAUGCUUCUUUUGAUGACAUAUAUUAUACAGUAUAUAUAUACAUAUAUUUUUUUUGUUAGAGUUCUAGCCAUUUUAUUUCUCCGCAGGGUCCUUUCUCAGACAUUACUGCAUGCUGUAUAUGGCGUUAGCUGUGUGUUGAUCUUCUAAAAGAUGAUAGAGUUUACUGGUAAUUGUGUAAUCAGCUCCUGCCUUUUUAUUUUCUUGGGUUAUUUACAUGUCAGAGACAUUUAUAAAAAGUGAAAAGAUAAAAAAAAUUCCGACUAAUACCAGGCGCAGCACCUUUCCAGGUGUGGCUCUGCGCAUCGGCCACCCCAAGUGGCCCCGCUUUCUCCAUCCUGCUCUGUGGCAUUAACAGACAGCAAGCAACUGAACAAGCAGAACCGUCAGUACCCACUUGCUUUAGCCCAUUAUGGGAAUCUCUGAUGCCUUUGUGACCACUGGAGAGUUUAAUCCUCUUGUUUUAUUUUAUUUAAUUUCCCACCUUUGUGUGAGUGUGUAUGAAAGAGAAGAAAAUGCAAUUUUUAGGUAAUCUUUUUUUUUCCCUCCCCUGAAAGUCUGGGAACCAGAGAGUCCUCGGGGAGGGGUCCUGGAUGUGAUGAGGGAAAGUGGGAUUGGGGGAUCCGGGAGGGUGGGGUUGUCUCUGACUCGACAUUAAAAAGUGUUCCAUGUCCCUCUUCA